AUGCCACGUAUAUGGGAUCUAGACGAUCCCGAUGCUCAAGAGCCAAAGUGGCCAGACCAACAACACGUCGGAAACUCGACAGACCGAACAAGUGCCCAGCCUUCGGGACAUCCAGAUGAUGUGUCUAACCUUCAUGCGAGUGUUCUAUGGCGCCAUUUCGAAUUGACCAAGCGAUCCGCAAUCUUCCACGUGGACCAAUAUCUCGUCCAUCGCGAGAGCGUGAGACAGGAGCCUGGAGACUGGGAAUCGGCGUCCCUAGAUGUUGUUCCUCAGAAUACGGACCAAGUGCCUAAGUCAUUCUGGAGUUUAAAAGUGUCUCGAGAUAGUCUCUUGAAUGAGCUAUCUAUCAUGAGCGGUUUGCUGGACUACAUGUCUAUCAGGUCAACGAAAGGUUUGCCAAAAUUAUAUAGCAUCAUUGUGAUUUUGACGGUCGCCUUAAUCCUCGCAGGGUAUGACAGAACCACGGCAACAAAGGUGGCUUGGGGAAUGUCAAUCGCUGCACUCGUACCAACUGUUGCAUAUACCCUCCACAAGACUUCCUGGUUUAUCUCCAUAGCUCUAUGCAAACCAGCCACCAAGCGAAUGUAUGAGAGAGCGCGAGGAAAUACUUUGGAUGCAACGGACAGUGCUGUUAUCAAAGGCAUAAAGUUUGAAUUGCUGUGGAUGACGAGUCUCUUUAAUACUGACGACCCUGACGACCCUGGCGAUUAUUGA